UUGGAACUAGAUUAUCAGUUGAUUGUCUGAAAGCUGGGGUUUUCGAUUCAACAAGGUACAACUUCACCGCCAUGGCUCGUCAAAUCCUUUUGAUUGUAGGUCUUUCCUUUUAUUUGAUGGUUUGGAGUGCAGCCGCAUCGUCCAUUCGUUUCAACGCCAUAGAAGGAGACCCUUCGGACCGCAACAGAGGUGACGAAGCUGAAGUUGACCAAAUCGUAGGUGGAACAGCCGUCAGAGAAGGAGCAAUUCCCUACCAGGCUGCUCUUUUGAGGAACGGAGGCUUCUUUUGUGGGGGAUCGCUAAUCGCCAGUAACUACAUCUUGACUGCUGGCCACUGUUGUAAAGCAGUGCGAAGCCCGAAGGAUUUAACGGUUGUAUUGAACAGCAUUAAGUAUAAACCUGGGGAACGCAGCCGCAAUGCUGUAGUUCAGACGGUAACCAAGAUUAUUAUGCACGAGAAGUACAGUGAAGCCGGUGGCAACAUAGAAAAUGAUGUCUGCCUGCUUAAAUUAAGUGCACCGGUGAAUCUCAAAUCAGCUAAGCUUCCCGCCGCAAGCUGCAAUCCCAGAGAGCAUGUUGGAAAGACUGCGACGACCAGCGGAUGGGGACAAACUACACCAGGGCAAUCAACAGGGCAGUCAUCUAGCUCCUUAUUGCAAGUGAAGCUCACGGUUAUGUGCAAUGUACAAUGCCAGGAAAAAUAUAAAAACACUUCAAUUAAAAUCAGCAACUCGGAAAUUUGUGCUUACGACAAUGGCAAGGAUUCGUGUUUCGGUGAUAGCGGUGGACCUCUAGUCGUUGAUGGAGUUCUAGUCGGUGUUGUCAGUGGUGGAGGCAAUGGCGGCUGUGCAGCUGUAGGCGAACCCGGCUACUAUGCCCGUGUCAGUUGCUUCAUGAGCUGGAUUAACAAGAAUAAACAAUAAGUUUACUGAAUUUUUACUACUGGGCCCAUCGCUACACCAUCACGGAUAACCGAUCUGAUCGUAUUAUUUUAAGCCAAAGUUUUCCUGUUAACCCAAAAUUUUCGACCAGUUGAUUUAUACCCUGUAAAUGGGUUUCAAUCAUAUAUGAUAAAAUGUAAUAAUUUAGUUUGCAUUUUAAAUAGUCAAAAGUUUCUACAUUCAUCUUUGUUACAUAUGGAAUAAAAAAAAUUAAAUUGAAGGAAUAGCUAAGAAGAAA